AUACGCCGGGCCCCGCAGAGCUUCGCGCCAACUGUGACGCGCCACGUCGGAGCCGAGUCGCUGCGCGCACAUGGGGAAGCGUACACGGGGACGGGAGGACACCGAACCCUAGCAAGCAGGCGCCUUUUUGCUCCCCUUCCCUCCCUCCCAACGCAGCGCAGCGACUGCUGCUGCUUCCCCACACCGCCCCCCGGUAGGCUCACCGCCGGCGACGCGCACGCGUCCCACCGCACCCAAACCGACCGCCACAGCUGCUCGCUCGCUUCCGCCCAGGACCAGAGGGGGGGAGCCUCCAGAUCUCGGCGCGCCAUGGCGUCGUCCUCCGACGAGCAGCCCAAGCCGCCGGAGCCGCCCGCCGCCGCCGUGGUCGCCGCACCGCCGCAGACGCACGCCGAGUGGGCCGCCUCGCUCCAGGCCUACUACGCCGCCGCGGGGCACCCCUACGCCUGGCCGGCGCAGCACCUCAUGGCGGCGGCCGCGGCGGGGGCGCCCUUCGGCACGCCGGUGCCGUUCCCCGUCUACCACCCAGGCGCCGCCGCGGCAUACUACGCGCACGCGUCCAUGGCCGCGGGCGUCCCUUACCCGACGAGCGAAGCUGUCGCCACGGUGGCGGCGGCCACUGCGCCGGAAGGGAAAGGCAAGGGGAAGGGCGGGGGCGCGUCGCCUGAGAAGGGCAGCUCUGGGGCGCCCUCCGGUGAGGACGACUCCAGGAGCAGUGACAGCGGCAGCGAUGAGUCGUCAGAGACGAGAGAUGAUGACACUGACCAUAAGGGUUCAUCUGCGCCCAAGAAAAGGAAAUCUGGUAACACGUCGGCUGAAGGUGAACCGUCUCAAGCUGCUGUUGUGCGCUAUGCUACGGUUGAGUCGCCAUAUCCCGCAAAGGGAAGGUCUGCCUCAAAGCUUCCAGUGUCUGCACCUGGCAGGGCAGCGCUUCCUAGUGCCACCCCGAAUCUGAACAUUGGGAUGGACAUUUGGAAUACUUCUCCUGCCUUGGCUGUUCCUGCAGUGCAGGGGGAAGCGAAUCCUGGGUUGGCGCUUGCCCGACGUGAUAGCGUUACUCAACUGGAUGAACGUGAAUUGAAGAGGGAGAGGCGGAAACAAUCUAACAGGGAGUCUGCAAGGAGAUCUAGGUUACGCAAGCAGCAAGAGUGUGAGGAAUUAGCCAGGAAGGUAGCUGACCUAACAACUGAGAAUAGUGCUCUCAGAGCGGAACUUGACAACCUGAGGAAGGCUUGCCAAGACAUGGAAGCAGAAAAUUCACGUCUAUUGGUGAGCACGGUACCAAGUGUCACAACCACACUGGGAAUGAGCAUCGAGCCGCCAAAGGCGCAGCAGCAUCAUGACGACGAGGGCCAGCUCCACAAGAAAUCUAGUAAUAACAGCAACGGGAAAGGAAGCCACAAACCGGAGGCUAACACUAGGUGAGAGACAGGUGAAUGAGAAAGUGACAGAGAUGAGAUGAGGUGUUUCCUAUCUAACCACAACACCCAUCAUCAACCAGUGCGUUUUCACAGCCCGCUGGGGGGCCAUGUAGAGUCGCCCCCCACUGCAGCCAUGUAUUAUUUAUGGCUCGCCGCGGUGUGCGUUGUGUGUUUUUUUGUGUGUGUGUCGUGUAAACCUAUUGAUGUAGCUAUUGUAACAAAAACCUAGAGAGCCUAGAAUUUUUAUGUCUGCUAACUCCUGAUGAGGGGGGAUGUAACCGGCCAAUUUGGUGCCUGGUCGAUCGUUUAGAUGAAAUGCGAGCAAAUAUCAUUUGAUAGCCUGCCUCGCCUUGUUGUUGUUUUGGAUUUUUUUUGCGACUUUGCGGGAGUCUUUUAUACAGGCUAUUGAAUUUUCGA